AUGGACGAGAAAUCUCCCGUGAAAAGGCGCAAGACCGAGCCUGGCAUGAAUUAUGAUGCGCCUUUUGAAAUGCUAACGCCAAGUUCGCAGCUACGUGAUAUGGAUCUGGUACGUUGGCUGGAUAACAAACUUGGCGACAGUAAUGAGCUAUGGAGUGGCCGUCAGGCAGCUUCAUUAUUGUCACGGGAGAUGUUGGAGGAAUUGGAAACGUGCUUCCAGAAACUCGAACCACACGUGAAGCUCAAAAUUGUGCUCGCUAUCCCGCAUUUGUCCUAUCGACUUGUCACAAUGUGGCGAAAGCCGUUGACAACUCUGCUGGAAUUGGCACAGAACGAUGCGGAUGAUUGGAUCGAAACUGUUGCAAAUAUGUAUCGUGAAUAUCCGGAUAGGCAGUGUAUUAUUCCACUGCCGUCCAAUUCGAAUUCGUACUUCCUAAAAACGCUUGAGGAAUUGAGGAAAUUGGGUAGGUAA